AUGUCAGACGAAGACCCUUUGGGACCCCCAAAAAACGAACAAGGCCUAGACCUCUCAAAGCUCUCGCCCCAAGAAUUACGCGUAUUCAAACUUUAUGGCAAACUCCCCACCACGCAGCAAGUUCUUGCCUCCCGAUUCCAAGACAAGAAGUACUUCGAUAGUGGAGACUAUGCCAUGCAAAAACAACUCGGUGGUCCCAAGCUGGGCAUCGCCGGUGUUCUGAUGCGUCAUCCGAAUGCGGAAAAGGUCAAAGAGAUGUACAAUCGUAAUUCCAUUAGUGCCAGUAAUCUGGGGAUAUUGUUCAAUGGAAAGCUGGGGUUGUUGAGCGAGCUGAAGCCAGAAGAGGAAGAGCGGAAGGAGAACUAG